AUGAUUAUGGAGUCUCCAGUAAGAAUAUGCAUCGGUGCAGCAUUAGUAGUUCAUCUGCUACUAAUCGUCACCACAACAGUAUCUGCUAGCACGUCCCCGCCUGAAACGACAUCUACAACUAUAAGAAAUGACAGGAACCCUAAGUUUGCUAGAGUAAGUGGUACAAACUGGGCAGCUAGGAAUAAAUCCAAGAUACCAGAUUUAUCAAUAAACGAACUGAACCCAAAAGACUCUACGAGUGAAGAGCAUAGUGAGAAAAAUGCUAAAUAUAAAGAUAGGGGAAGGGUUAAAUUCAACAUGCAAUCUAAAUCCACAACAGAAAGCACGUUAAGAAGAGUUUCGCCUUCAACAAAAGCAUCUGGAGUGAUAAUAGUUACACCAACGCCUGAACUUAAAAAACCAGCACAAAUUAUAGAGAGCAUGCGUGCUUAUAAAAAGAAUAAAAUACCAAAUCUAACAGUUGUCAGUACGACGGAACAAGAUAAAUCAGAUGAAGGCGAUGAAGAUGGCACAGAGGAUGAAGAUUAUGAUGAUAAGGAACCGAUGAAGAAGUCAUCCUCGACGAAAAUUAAAGAAAACAGCUUCUUUACUAUACCUAGUUUUGACAUAGACGAAGAAUUCAAAACAAAUAGCUAUAAUCGUAAUCGCGAUAAGAAAAAUAACCAAGAUUUUAGUACUCCAUCAUUUGGGGAUUUGUCCAGUUUCUUCCCAAAAAGUAUAUACAGUUCAAAAGAAGAGCCGUAUAAACCAGACUCAUAUUUCGACUUUGAUUUAGAUCUGACAACUCCUAAAAAUGAUUUCUUCGAUAAAAAAUAUCACGAAGUAUCUUCCAGUAUUUUAGAUAAUCUAGACGCAAUUAAAACUAAAACAUCACCGAAUGAAACAAAAACGCAGAAAAUUGAUAAAAAGAGUUUCGGCUUUGAGAAACCCGGUAACGAAUCUCCUAAUAAUAAAUCAUCAGUUUAUAUAAAAAAUACCAAAGAAAUACGUUAUCUAGAUAAUGAUAAGUCUGGUUCCUCUAAAGGCUUGCAGGAUGUACAGGGUACGAGUAUUUAUUAUGAAAUGACUGUUUUAUCAACUGAGACUUACAAUAUAACAGACGAUCAAGAUGAAGACGAGGAUUGUGACAAUGAUAACCAAACAGACCCUACUACAAACUCUAAUAAAAAAGUAGAAACCGUUUCAGUGAGAGCAACUUCUCCUACUGUAGAUCUUUCUACAAAGUCGAGCUUUUCUGAUUCAGAGCCAAGUCCAGUUUCAAUGUCUCCCAUAAUGCUAACCUUUUAUCCUAGUAGUACGGCGCGAUCAACUGUUAAUUCUUUUGGACCUAUUUCUAUUAGUACUUAUAAUAGUGAAUUCGUUACUGAGAACAGUGGAAUCUCUUCCAGUACCCAGGGCAGAAAUAGAAACUAUUCAAAAAAACUAAAUCUUUUCGGUAAUAAAGAAUCACCUAAUAGUGUAUUUCCUACUAUACAAUCAGGAAAUACCUUCCAGUCUUCGACUAAUCAAGGGUACAGACCGCAAACACGAAGAUUUCAUUUUACUACUCCAAAAACUAAACCGAUAUGGAUGGCACCAAAAAGAAAUACCACUAGAAAUUCAAUACCCAGAGUUCCAACCACAAUAUAUUACGAGCAUUUCGAUAUUAAAGAUAAAACUAAUUCUCCAAGAGAACCCAACAAGAUUUUAACUACUCAACCUUCGGAUAUAGAUCCAGUAUUACAAAGCGAUGUCAGCGACUCGAAAAAAGUCGUUCAUUCUAAUUCGAUAUCUGAUAACACAAUACCGUCAUUAUGGAAACGAGGUUCAACAAAGUAUUCAUCACCAACCGUUGCAACAGCUGAAAAUAAUACUGGGUCGGGUGAGAUGGAGAUUCCUCCAACAUUAACAGCGUGGGCACUGGCCAGCAUGCGUAUACCUCCGUCGUUGACAAGCCCUGUGGUGAAUGCUACAGGAUCACCACAGAAAAAUAUUGACGAAAACGAGCUGCAGAAAGUCGGAGAAGUAACAGACAAGAAAGAAUCGUCCACAAGCUCAACAACGACGGCAACAACGAUCUAUCUUAGCAACGACUUUGAAACUAAAAACAUUACAGAGAUCUAUCAAAACAAACUUCCUUUGAAGUCGGCUUCUUCUACUACAUUAGACACUGAUGGAGAAGCUAAAGAAACUCGUUCUGAAACUAACUCUGAACGAUUUCCUGCAGAAAGCGUUAUUUCUCUUCAAAGCAGCAAAGAAAUUCUCACUACUGAAGAAAUGACUGCCGGUACAGAUUACACAACUAUGUCAGAAGAAAUGGAGACAAAAAAUGGGUUGGUGCCUGUAUUAAACGAAAGUGAUCAAGUAACACCCAGUGAAACGAAGGAAUCUUCUAAAGUAGAAACGAUUCCUCCCCCUGAUACUACUAGGGCCACUGGCUUCGAAUCUAUUACUAAACUACCAGCUGGUAUAACCACGCCAAAAGAUGAGACAGUAGCUACCGAGGGAGACGUUGAUCAACAUCCUUCUGACAGUGGUGUUGUAGUCACUGACUAUGAAAUAACCACAAUAAGGUUUUCAUACGUACCGACUGAACCUACAACGGAACAAUCUACAGAAACAGAAACGAACAUAAGCGAUCGUCAUGUUGUUUUUCCUACACGGACUGUGCCGUCGACGGCAAAGGAAACGUCCAUUACAACAUAUAGACCAAAAUACUUUACUACUACAGAAGAAGUAGAAACCUCCACAGUUAUUAUAGAAACCACUCCUCAGCUAGAAGUAUCUUCACAGGUUGUUGAAAAUGUUACCAGAAGAGAAACAACAACUUCUACUACUACGGAAGUAACAGAAGAAAGUGAGACGACGACAAAGAAACCGGUUUCUGUAACAACAGAAAUGAUAUUAGAAACUACUGAGAGAACAACAGAGCCAGAAAAAGAAAAUGUUACUGAUUUAGAUACUGAAACACCUAAAGAAGAAAUACCAGUAGAGACUACAACAAUUGUGGUUACUGUUGUAACCGAAAUCAAUUCAGAAAGAGCCCCUGUAACUGAGGCUAAUCCAACAACAGAACUAUCAUCUGAUUCUGAAGCCAGUCUAACAACAGAACUCCUGUCUGACUCAGAAACGACAUCAGAAGAAAAUAGCGAUAGUAACGAAGUUAUUGUCCCACAACACAAAAAGACAUCCAUUAAACCAGAAACUACAACGACUACAACCUCUACUACUACUACUAGUACGACUACUACUACCACUACCACUACCACUGCUCCUACUACAACAAUAACUACAUCUAGCACAACAACCACACCAACACAUCAAGAAGAACAUAUAGUCGAAACGACGACAGAAGAUUUGGAUAUAAUGACUAAGUCUGUAAAUGAUUUGGAGGAUUUGACGAGUUAUGCUGGCGAUGUGACAACAGAGUCUUCUUCGAGGGUGUUGAGUGACGACUCAGGGUCGGGAGCGGCCAUCGCUAUAGCUGUCAGCACUAUAGGAGUCGUUGCUCUUAUACUUCUAGUCGGCUUAUUGUUGGUAGUACGUCGGCGCGGUCGUCGUGGUGUUUACGCACAGAGAUGCACACCGGUGUCCUUGGACGCUUAUAGCUUGGACAGUGUCAGCGUGGGUUACAGGAAGGGCAACCAGAGACUGCGGGCCAGCAAACGGAGCUAUGGGAACCCGGCUUAUGAUGAUGAGGUAACUUCUCAUCCGAUGCAAUACGCUGCUCUGGCUAACUUCGCACUCGACAUAGAUUCUAUAACAGCUGAGUUCAGUGAGAUCCCCUCAGUGUCGGUCCGCCCGGAGGAGGUUCCCCCAGGGUGUGAGGACAAGAACCGUUACUCCAACGUCCUGCCUCUCCCGGAGACCAGAGUCCCAUUGAAGAGGAUCGGCAAUGAUCCCACCACCGAGUAUAUAAACGCUAAUUAUAUAACAGGUCCAGGUAACAUCCACCGCUACUACAUCGCCUGCCAGGCUCCUCUCGCCAACACCGUCGCCGACUUCUGGAGGAUGAUAUGGGAACAGAACUCACGGCUCAUAGUCAUGCUCACGGAGUAUAUGGAGAAUGGGGUGGAAAAGAGCUAUGAAUACCUUCCACCAUCAGAAAUAUCAGACAACAAGAGAACCUUCGGCGACUUCCAGAUUAUAUUGAAAAAACGAGAACAACGCGACAAAUACGCGAUAUCCAGUAUCCAGCUGAUCAACAUGGUGACGAGGACUUGGAGGGAGGUCACUCAUCUUUGGUACUUUUGGCCGGCGAAGGGAGUCCCAGAUGACUACGAUUCUGUUAUAGACUUCCUCUCGGAAAUGAGGAGCUACAUGAAGAUAUCACAGACGGCCAAGGAGUACGACGAAGAUGGUGUGGAGGUGAUAUACGAGGACGCCAGUCGCUCGUCCUACCAGAACCUGUCGAAGCUUCGUGAAGAGAACGGCUCCAGUAACGGAGUGAACGUGUACUCACCGGCUCGAGCUGAACAGAUACAGAGGAGACAGACUACCAACGGCACCCUCGGACGGAUGAAGACCGCCUCCGAGGUCGAAGGUGUCCGUCCGUGCGUGUGCGUGUGUGCGUCAGGCGCGGGUCGGUCGUGCGCGCUGGUAGCGGCGGAGGUGUGUUCCCGGUCGCUGGCCGGAGGUCGCGUGGACGUGCCGCGGACUGUGCGCGCGCUCAGACAACAACGACCUCACGCGCUUGCUAACAGACAUCACUAUGUGUUCCUCUAUAGGCUGCUGAGCGAAUACGGCAACAAGUUAAUGGGAGGCGGCGUGGACACCAUCUGA